GCUCCACUUCGGGCUCGCCUGACAGAGCUGCACGCUGCCAAAAAGGCAGGCAUCAAGAUCUGCCUACCUUCGGAUUCAUCAAGAAGGACUGGAGGUCAAAUGUUUAACGCCGACUCUAGUAAUGUCAAUGCUACUAGCAAGGACACUAGUGUAGUCCAGUUGACUCGUCUCAAUCGGCAUGGUGCCGAAAUUCCUGUUUAUCUUGGGGGCAAGGCGUCUGAGGGAGGCUCAAAAAACCGACAUCACCGUGCUUCCACGAACUGGGAGAUUGCAGAACUUGUGCGUGAGGAGAAGCUCAGCAUGGCUGAUGAGAGUGACAAACAAUUUGUUCGAUUGGCCGCAAAGGUAGCCACUUUCACACCACGCUUAAAUCUGCAUCGCUGCUUGAUAAGCAUAAACAGAGAUUGA